AUGCCUGUCGACUUGUACGAUUCGACCUUCAGCUCACCAUGCACUCAAGUGCGCAUGCUGGCCAGGCACAUUGGAGCGGAACUCAAUCUCAGAGAAGUGAAUUUCACCAAGAACGAGCAUCUCAGUCCCGAGUUUUUUAAGAUAAACCCGUUUCACAAGGUGCCCACGCUCUGCGAUGACGGAUUUGUGGUUUACGAGAGCACCGCCAUCUGCCUCUACCUGCUGAACAAGUACGCCCCGGACUCUGAACUCUACCCGAAGGACUUGCAGAAGCGUGCGCGGGUCGACCAGAUCCUGGCCACAGUGACCAGUUUUGUGCAGCCUCGCUACGCGGAAUUCUACGCUACAUCUUUGAGGCUGAUGAAGAAGCCCACGGCUGAGCAGGUCCAGGCUCUCGAAGAAGGUGCCCUGAAAGGAAUCGAGACCCUGAUCGGCGACGGCCAGUUCGCGACUGGUGAUCAGCUCACAUUGGCAGAUCUGAGUCUGGUGGCGCAUCUAAGCUUCACCAUAAAGCUGCCCGUCUUCGACAGCAGCAAGUUCUCGAAGUUGGUCUCCUAUUAUGGGCGCGUGUCAGCACAGCUACCCUACUUCGCGGAAACGAACGAGAAGUAUAUUGACGCGCUCUUCCGGAAAUGGGCCAACCUGAAGUGA